AUGGCACCCAAAAAAGAUAAGCAAAAAGAAUCAGCAAAACAACCCAAGCCAUCUCAGUCGCUCCGAAUCCUUCCCCCAUCCAUGAGUCAAAAUAAGCCAGAAACACCCAAACAGUUGGUCCCUUUUCCUGGUUGCACUCCAAUCUCAGUUGCCACACCAAUAUCAGUUGCUAAUAAAUUCUCUAGUUUAGGUUCCACAGUUGGCCAAAUUCGCCCCAGUUAUCAGUCGACCUUAAUCUCCAGUUAUGAUCCUUUUUCAGUUGAUCCCUCAGCUAGUCCCUCAGUUGCCUUCAAAAAGACAUCUCCCUAUUUGCCCAAAAGCAAUUUUCACAUGUUCGUUGUUGAGCCUGUCUAUGAUAUUAAUUCUGAUCCAGUUGCCAUAGCCAAACACUAUUUCCCUCCAGGAUUUCAUUAUAUGCCGCCUAGUCCAUACAAGUCUCUCAAGUAUUAUAGUGAUAUAUUACUUGAAACUCAGUCAGUCGAAAUUAAGCCGAUAAAGGAUUGUGAUCACCCUGAAAUCAUCCUUUAUCAUUCCCUCUAUAUCCACAAAGUCAUGAGUCAAGAUUCUUUCAGUAGCCACCCUUAUGAGUUGAAAACCUUUCAGUCAAAAUUGCAAUAUAAUUAUUCUGAUUAUAUUGAAGCCUGGUACUCUAUUUUCCUCCACCAAUAUGAGGACUUUAGUCAUUCCUGGUUUAUAAAUUUUGACAAUAAGUUCAAAUGCUCCUUUUCCUAUGGUUCCUCCACUGAUGGGAAAAACAUGGUCCAAUUGAUGAAAUUCUUCCUGUUUCAGUCCAUGAGCUAA